AUGAAUGAGCGUGUGAGCAUCGGGUCAAAAGGGAAUGCAGAGCGUGAAGGGGCGUCGGACCUGGGAGAGUGUAGAAUUGGAGCAGCCUCGCGUCCAUUUAAGAGAGGAAAACACCCACAGGAAAAUAGAGGACAUCAUCAACAUCAGGGGGUGUUGAGAAAGAGGCAACUGAUCCGUUGCCGCGACUGUGACGGCUGUGUGACUGGUUUGUCGCUGUUGCCAUCGUCGCUGCAUGACUGUGUCGCUACCGAUUGUGCUGUCGCGUGGUAACUACUCUAAUGUUAAACUACGUGCUGUUUUGUUUGUACUACAGAA